AUGCUUCCGUCUGCAGCAGAACUUGUCGCGCGGUAUCUGAGAGCGAAUGGGUACACUCAGACCUUGAACAGCUUUGUUCAGGAAGCAGACCUGCCUUCGGAUACGGGCUCAGCUGCUGAUAACCCGAUCACUAUCGAGUCUAUCUUGCAAGAGAAGAAGACAUUCGACCUAAGCCUCAACUUUGAGAAGCUUGGGGUUGAUGAUGCAAAGCAAGCAUGGACCGUUCAGGCGCCUGCUAAGCCGAAAGUUGUAGAGUCUUUACCGAGUCGAUCCAACAUACUCAGCAUUUCCGUUCUCGACCUGUUACUACCAUCAACGACAGCAACACAACAGUAUAUUGCCGUCACCACGGCUGAUCGUCAAUUACACCUGAUGGAUCCGAGCACAUCGUCGCUUGACUGCAUCCAGACGAUUUCCAGCUUCCAGGGUUCUCCAACUCUAGACAUUGUUCCGGUAGACUCCAGACGACUGCUGAUAGCUUCGAUGUCUGGCAAGCUGACGCUGUUCGAUGCAGCCGCCAACGCCAUACUGGAAGAACGUAAAGAUCACUCCAAGUAUGUUGUCAAAAUCUCCACCUGGUCUUCCGAAGGCGGUUCCAUGCUAGUUGCCAGCGCGGGAUGGGAUGCCAAAGUAGUCCUAUACCAGCUUGAUCCCAAUGUCGACCAGCCGCGACUAGGAGACCCAAUAGCAACCUUGUCGUUACCCAGCAUUCCAGAGUCGACCUUAUUCGUCACCUUACCUGGAGACGGAACACCAGUCCUGGUAGUUGCUCGAAGAGACUCGACCUUUCUGCAUUUCUACGCUGUACCUAGCCCAGAGUCACCGACGUUCACCCUGAUCGGCAAGCAGAAUCUUGCUCCGCAUUCCAAUGCCUGGGUUGCAUUCACGCCAUCCGAUAUCCAGAUCUGCCCUACAAAUCCACAUCUUGUGGCGAUCGCGACAUCCAGCACGCCGCAUAUGAAGCUAUUGGUCGCGAAGCUUCUGCUUCCUCCUACUCGUUCUUCAGUGACGGAUACAGGUACUAGUCUAGACUCGGAUGGACCCGUCACACAAGCGUCGCAAGCCCGGGCUGAGCUGCUCGUUGCAGAUAAAGAAGAAGCGGCUAUAUUAGUCAAUGUCUCCACUCUUGCGCCACAAACCGCUUACUCCACGCCGCGUCUCGUCUGGCGACCUGAUGGCUCUGGUGUGUACGUGAGCUCUGAUGAUGGUGUGGUUCGUGGCAUUGAAACCAAGAGUGGAAAGUUGAUCUCAUCAUUGGAGGCACACGAGCCUGGGUCAAAGCUACGAUGUCUCUGGGCGGGCCAGAUGGUAGGGCCUGGUUCCCCUGGUUCAGACGACAAAGGGAAGGCCGAGUUCUUGAUAAGUGGGGGGUUCGAUCAAAAGCUUAUCGUCUGGAGUUCGUCUUGA